AUGGCGGCUCGACCGAAGUCGUAUUCGACAAGGACGAAAGUAGGGACCAGUCCUUCCACGUCCAGCGCCUCCCUUGCCUCAUCAUCCCAAAGCAUGACCAAAGCGCCUCAGAAGCAAGCGACAAAAGCGGCAGGGAACGUGGAUCACGGUGGAGCGCCUAGGAAACUCUCUCAAUUCAUGCAGGUACCCACAUCAUCCAAGGGACUCCUUCCCUCUCCUUGGUACUACCCCUUUCAGAAUGGAAAAUACGCACAAGGUGUUCUACAGCGCAAAGACUUCUCCUCAAAAUCACCGGAGCUCGACUGGGUUCCGAAGGAGGAGUUCGAGAAGCUCCGCAAAUCCAAGGAGGAAGAUAUUUUGCAGUUGCAAGCCUCGCUAGAGAAGAGGAUGAAGGAGACAGAAGAGCUGCGGAGAAACCUGAGAACCGUUACGGAGAACUAUUACAAGCUGCAGAAGGAUGUGAACAGGAGAUUGACUGAACACGAGAAACGGAUGAAAGAGGAGUUUCAGGCAAAAUCUGAGGAACUGACGACGAAGAACGCCUAUCAGAACGGGCAGCUGAGGGCGAAAACUCGCGAGGCCGAGCGGAUGCUGGUAGAUGCCAAGAGAGCCCACGAAGAGACGACCAAGGCUCUCAAGGACCAUCACGGCCGGGAGCUGGAACAUCUUCGAAAGAGGCUCACGGAUGUCAGCAAUUCAUGGCGGAAGGGAGAAGAGAGCUGGCUCGUCCAACGGGGCGAAAUGGAGAAGAAACUCCGGACGCUGAUGGCAGAAAAAGAGAGGCUCAAGACGACCCUGACCUCCACCCGAUCGCGUUUGGAAGCCGUCAGUGUGGACCUGGCUCGGUUCCAGGGUAAACGGCACCAAGAGCGAGCGCAGCUAGAGCGACACCUCACGGACAAGCAAGAAGAAACUCGGUUGCAAAUGUCGUCGCUAGAGAGCAGAAGCAAGACGCUCGAAUUCCAGAUGGCCAUGGCCAAAGAGGAGCUGGAAUCCCUGCUCAACCUCCCGAAAUCUGCGGAAGAAGGCUUCUGUAGAUGCCAGGUUAAGAUCGGACAGUCUGAUCGAUUGACUGUUGGAAGAUGUCGGGUGAAAAGAGAGAGGGCCAGGGAUGCUCUUGAAGCCUGGCAUGGAUCAAGGGAAGCGAAAAUGUUCGGCUUCUUCCGACGGAAUGUCAACAAGGAGUCGGAAAAGAAGGAGAAGGGGAAAGGGGCAGGCAGUAAUGCGGGAAAGCAAUCCACUCUAGACAAGGAAUGCGGGAAGUCUCCUCAAGGACGGAGAUCGAAGUCCGCCCGGGAAUCCCAGGACGUUCUGCAGGAGUCGAAUUCGAUCCAAAAGAAAGAGUCCGAAGUGCCGACAGUGACUGUCCAGACCGAUCUCCCGGGACCGUUAAACGAAAUCAAGAGCAUUCCUUCAGAUGUCCUAACUCAACUUGUCGCUGUCGAUUUGCCCACAAAGCAGGAAGAAAAGGAUGAAAAGGACGUGAAGCCAGAUUCGAAUCUUCCGGUUCAGAGUUGUGCGCCCAUGGACGCCCCCAGGGAAGAGAGAAAAAAAGACGACACGCGGAAGCUGAGAGAAGAGAAGGUGGAGAGCGAGAAAAAGUUCAACGAAGAGAUCAAGAAACUCAAGAAGACAUUGGAACUGAAAGAAGGAGAAGUCCAAGAAAGGACUCACCAUACAGCUGCGCUUUCCCGCGAGUUGGAAAAGGCGCGCAAAGAAAUGGAAGAUUUGAAGACCCAGCUGAAGAGGAAAGGCGAGCACGAAGGGAAGUGCGGAUCUGAAGAUGCAGCUAGGCUCAAGAGCCUGGAAAUCGAAACCCAUCAGCUCCAAGAAGCACUCAAAAGAAAACAGGAGGAACUGGAGAAAUCGGAGAACGCGAAAGAGGAACUCGAGAAGAGGGUAAAAGAAUUAGAGGAAAGUCUGAAAAGUACUCAGGAUCAGCUGGAAGAACUGAAGAAGGAAAAGGAGGUUCUGGAUGGAGAUCGAGAGGCCGAACUGUCGUUCAUACAAGAAGCACUGGAAGAGGCAUUGUCGGAGAGGGCAGAGAUACAGGCGAGAUUCGAAUCAGUGAGAACCAUGACGUCGACCAGAGAGCAACAAAUGAUGGACGAUUUCGAGUGGAAACUCCGGGAAAUCGAAAGAGGAUACAAGCAGAAGAUCCUCGAAAAGGAACAAGAAAUCAAGGAAAAAUUGAAGACUAUGAGACAGGUCGUGGAGCAAGAUUUGUCGAAGGAGAAGCAGGAUGCAUGGGAGCUGAAAAGAUGCGCCGAGGAGCAGAUGGCACAGGUGUUGCAUCUGAAAUCGUAUGAGCCGGAAUUAAGGCAGUUGCAGGGUCUGGUUCAUGAACAGCAGCGUGCCCUCCGAGUUGCCUCUCAUACAGUGGAAAAACUCAAAGUGAACGAGAGGCCGAUGUUGGAAGAAAUCAAAAGGCUGCGAACCCUCCAUGAUCCGAGCCGAAUCCGGAAGCAAGAAGAGGAAGCAUUCCAAGCCAGGUUGGUCCAAACUAAGAAUGAACUGAACGCCGAAAUAGCGGAACUGAACCGGACUAUAAUGGAGAAAGAGAGCAAAUGGUCGAAAGAGCUCCAAACCAUUCGCGCCACUUCGGAUAGAGAUAUUUGGGAGCUGCGUCGCAAAUUGCAGAGACUGGACGAGGCCCACGAAGAGGAAGUGGAGAAAAUCCGGGAGGAGCACGACAAAGAAAAAGAGAGAUUACGAGUCGAGCUCUUCGAUUCCUGCGACGACGACAUGAGGGGGAAUCCUGAGUUUCCCCCAACUGUGAUGCUGGAGGAUGAAGGGCGCUCGAAGAGCAUUGAGGAAAAAUGCCAGAGACAACGAUCCCAGUUGGCUGCUGCCAACGACAAAAUCCAAAAGUUGCUCCAAGAGAGACAGCGUAUAGUGGCAGAGAAGAAGGAGGAAUUGGACCGGUACCAGGCAUCCUUGAUGGAGAAGCAAAAGGAGCUAGAGAGCAUUCGAAUGGCUGCUCAAUCCAGGGGAAUCUCCUGGGAAACACUACGGGAUUUCGCCAACCAAGUAUGGCUUUUUGGAGCAGCUGAGGCACUAAUGGCGAUAAAGGACCGCAGCCCGAGCUGGAUCCCGCCGGGGUACUAUCCCAGUUUACCCACUGAUCAAGUCGAUCCGGAUCGAUGA